CUAACGUUGCGUCGUAGAGGUUUCUGGUCAUUUCUUGCCAUUUCGAUUUUAGAGGCAGAGUUGUACAGUUGCUUGUUUACAAAGUUGCUCAGUAAUCUAAAAAAUGGGUUUCCAAAAUAUUUGGUAUUCACAUCCGAGAAAAUAUGGUCAAGGAUCCAGAUCCUGUCGUGCUUGUGCCAACAGGCACGGAUUAAUACGAAAAUAUGGACUGAACAUUUGUCGCCAAUGUUUUCGGGAAUAUGCUGCCGAUAUUGGCUUUAAAAAGGUAUAA